AUUUCCCGGAGGAUCUCUGUCGGGCCGUUAUCCCAAGAAAUGUCAGACCGAGGAACACUUGCUAUGGAUGACGACGGGGAGGAGCCGCCGCUAGCCGUUUACAUAACAGCCGUUGAAAGUAGUCAGCCGUCUACCCAAACAAGUCUCCAUCUAGAAACUACGGAUGCCUCUCCAGUCGGCGUCACCGUCAUCACCGGCUACCUCGGGUCCGGGAAAUCGACCCUGAUAAAUUACAUAUUGAGGGCGCAACAUGGGAAGAAAAUAGCGGUGAUUUUGAACGAGUUCGGGGAGGAGCUUGGAGUCGAGAGAGCGAUGAUCAAUGAUGGAGAAAGUGGUGGUCUUGUGGAGGAGUGGGUUGAGCUUGCAAAUGGCUGCAUUUGCUGUACUGUGAAACAUAGCUUGGUUCAAGCUUUAGAGCAGCUUGUUCAGAGGAAAGAAAGACUUGACCAUAUAUUGCUAGAGACUACAGGUUUGGCAAACCCUGCACCCCUGGCAUCUAUUCUUUGGUUGGAUGAUCAACUCGAAUCAUCUGUCAAGCUUGACUCUAUUAUUACUGUAGUUGAUGCAAAAAACCUUCCUUAUCAGCUGAAGACUCACCAAGAAUCGUCUUUAUUUCCUGAAGCAUACUUGCAAAUAGCAUUUGCGGAUGUUGUGAUUCUAAACAAGGUUGAUCUGGUUUCUCAAGAUGGUUCUGGAUCAAUUCUAGAUGAACUGGAGAAGGAUAUCCAUGAUAUCAACUCCCUUGCCAAUAUAAUUCAUUCUGUUCGUUGUGAGGUCAACCUGUCCAAAAUAUUGAAUUGCCAUGCAUAUGAUCUGACACAUGUAACUCACUUGGAAGCGCUAUUGGAAGCAAAUAAAUCUCUAACUACCCGAGAUCUUCAUGAUAUUGGCAUUAGAACAUUAUGCAUUUGCGAGUCUCAACAUAUCAAUCUAGAUAAGGUUCGUGUAUGGAUUGAGGAACUCCUUUGGGACAAAAAGCAUGAGAUGAACAUCUAUCGCUGCAAGGGAAUUUUAAGGGUCAUUAACUCAGAUAAUUUACAUACUCUUCAAGGUGUGAGAGAGAUAUAUGAGAUUCUUCCAUCACGUGAAUGGAGAAAAGGAGAAAAUCAAAUGAACAAAAUAGUUUUCAUUGGCAAAUCGUUAAAGGAAGAUAUUUUGCUGAAUUCUUUAAGAGCUUGUGUAGAGGAAACCUCAAAUUGAGCAGAUUGUAUUGGCUUCUUGGCAUCAUUUUAUACCUGUACUAUGCUGUAAAAAACAAUCAACUCCUAUAUACGAAACCUGGAUUGGAGGAUAUGGUUUCACAUAAUUUUGAUUCAGACUCGAAUAGUUCAUCUUCAAGUGAUAAUGAACUCUCACUUACCAAACAGUUGUUGCAUGAGUUAAGUGAUUCCCCUAACAAAAGAAAUAAUUCAAAUGUUCCCUUCAUUAUUUCUUCAAUGUUGACUGCUACUAAAUGCCAUCUUGACAGCUCAACAUCUGGUAGAUGUUAUAUUUGUCGUGAUAGGAAGUUGCGUCAUGAUACAAUAGUUAAUGAUUACUUCAAAGGUGAAAAUUUAAAGUACACUUCAGAACUUUUUCGUCGUACAUUUAGAAUGGAUAUUGAAUUAUUCACUCGAAUAUUACAAGAUAUUGAGAACAAUGAUGGUUAUUUUCAACAAAAGAUUGAUGCUGUUGGAAAUAUUGGCCUGAGUCCGCUUCAAAAGGUGGUAGCAGCAAUACGCAUGCUUGCAUAUGGUUGUCCGGCUGAUUUUCUUGAUGAAUAUGUUCAAAUUGGAGAAAGUACCGCGAUUUCAAGCUUGAAACAUUUUUGUGAUGCUAUUAUACGACUCUAUGAAGAGCGUUAUUUGAGGAAACCAAACGAGGAUGAUAUUAGAGUUCUUCUAAAAGAAGGUGAGGCCCGAGGAUUUCCCGGUAUGCUUGGUAGCUUAGAUUGUAUGCAUUGACAAUGGAAAAAUUGCCCCACUGCUUGGCAUGACACUCAUACUAAUGGUUUUAAAAGAGUUCCCACUCUUAUUUUAGAAGUUGUAGCUUCACAAAGUUUAUGGAUUUGACGUGCUUUCUUUGGAAUGGCCGGUAGUAACAAUGACGUUACUGUUUUGGAUAGAUCGCCUUUAUUUGAUGAUAUAAUUAAUGGUGCUGCUCCAACAUGUAAAUUCAUAGUUCAGGGCCAUGAGUAUACUAUGGGUUAUUAUUUAGCUGAUGGGAUAUAUCCGCAGUAUGCUACUCUCAUCCAAACGAUAUCUUAGCCUUCAUCUAUCAAGGAAAAAUUAUUUGCGAAAAACAAGAAUCCGUGCGAAAGGAUGUAGAGAGAGCAUUUGGCAUGUUACAAAGUCGAUGACAUAUUAUCAAAGGCCCUGCUCAUCUUUGGAGUGCUAAAAACUUAGGAAAAAUAAUGAAGACAUGCAUCAUCUUACAUAAUAUGAUUAUUGAAAAUGAGUGCGGUCAAGACAUCGAUCCUGAGGAUUGGAAGGUCGAAGGAGAUGAGUCUAGUGAAAGUGUUACUCUAGAGCAUGAUUUUAUCUUGAUCAUAUCAAUGAUGAUUAAUAGAACAAAACAAGUCCAAAAUAAAUGGUUACAUAGGGAUUUGAAGAAUGACCUCAUCAAUCAUGUGUGGGAAGUAUAUGGUGAUCAAGUUUUGGAUGACUAGUUUAUUUUUAAUACGUACUACUAGUUAUUGGGAAUGAUGUAAUUCUGUGUUUUUUCAUUUAUUGAACAAUCAUUCAAUUUUUCUUGCCAUGUAACGAUCUUAGUAUUUUCCAUCAUUUGCAAUGGAGCCAAAGAUUCAUUAUUUUUUGGUUUGAGAUUAUGAUGGAAUAAAGCAAAAUGGCUCACUAC